GAGGGUUGCGGCAUGUCAUUUUCGACGGCUUACCUUCAUCGCAUUGUUCAUAGUUUUGGGGUAUUGUAUUGUACUUGUACUGAGAUCGGAAUCGAAAUUUAAUGACACAGACUCUUCAAAUUUGGAAAAACUUUGAAUAUUCUUUUAGCACUCAUAUUUCAAAGUUGAUUAAAGAAUCUAUAAAGGACACACCAUAUUUUGGCGAUGAAGUUUCGGCAUGUAAACAUCCUUAUUUGGAUGUUUCCAAUUCAGAAAUCAUGAAGUUCAUACGCAAUGUUCCACCUUUAAAGUGUUCGCCUAAAGACUGGGUCAGAGUAAAUGGUUCGAGAUUAAUUAUCGAAGAGAAGGCCAAGCAACAGUAUGGUCGAAUCACCUGUGCUUUUAGUGAGAUAAUCAGAGUAGAUGAUUUUAAUGUAAUUGCAUCCCAAGCAACGGAAACCGAUGACUCUUACUUACUGAAGGAAAGUGAUUUUGUAGAAGUCAGAUGUCAAUCUCCUACUGGAAAACAAUGGCACAGUGUGUUGGCUGGUGUUAAGGACGACCCUGAAAAAAGUAAAAAAGCUAGUUGGGACAAAGUUCCCUUUAGGGUGCUGAAACUGAAUGUACUGAUGUUUGGCUUUGACUCGCUCUCUCGAAAUACGUUUAUACGCAAGUUGCCAAAAAGCUACUACUAUCUGAAGAAAACCUUGAAUGCUCUUAUUCUCGAAGAUUACAACAUCGUCGGUGAUGGCACCCCACAGGCCUUAAUUCCUCUUUUGACUGGAAAAAUAGAACUUGAAUUGCCUGAGACAAGAAAACGUUUAGGUGCGAAAGCACACUAUGUUAAUGUUUACCCUAUGAUAUGGGACAAAUUUAAAGAGAAUGGUUACAUAACAGGCUUUAUGGAAGAUGUACCUCGUAUAGGAACAUUUACAUACCGCCUCAAGGGUUUCUAUCAACAACCUACGGAUCAUUAUAUGAGAACAUUUUAUUUAGCUGCUGAACCACACUUUAAAUACUAUAAAAAAUAUUGCAUGGGAGGCAUCCCCCGUCACCUGGUUAUGAUGAACUAUAUAAAAACAAUAUUUGAUUCAUAUCGUAAUCAGCCAAAAUUUGUAUUUGGUUUUCAUGGAGAACUUUCUCAUGAUUCCUACAAUGACAUUGGUGUGGCAGACGAUGAUUUGUAUAACUGGCUAAAAGAAUUAAAUGAAGAUGGUCAUAUGAAUAAUACAAUUUUAAUUUUGAUGAGCGAUCAUGGACAUAGAUUUGCAGAUAUUCGUCGCACGUUGCAAGGCAAGCAAGAAGAGCGUUUGCCUUUCUUUUCAUUCACCUUUCCACCCUGGUUCAAGCAAAUGUAUCCAAGAGCAUAUGCCAAUGUUGUGUAUAAUACACAACAUUUGUCAACUCCGUUUGAUGUACAUAGUACUUUAGAAAAUAUUCUUGAUUUUGGAACCCCCAAGGAGGGUAACAGAAAUCAGCGUGCAAUUAGUUUAUUUGACAAGAUUCCUUUGGAACGAACUUGUGCGGAUGCUUUCAUAGAACCUCAUUGGUGCGCCUGUCUAACCUGGGAAGAAGUUGCAGUAGACAAUCCGACCGUUAUAGCAGCAUCUGCAUAUUUUCUUAAAUUUCUAAACGAUUACGUGGAAGAACAUCGAAAUAAAUGUGAAAUCUUACACUUAGACAGCAUUUUAUGGGCUGCUAAACUGUUACCCACUAAAGGUUUAUUAAAUUAUAAAAAAUCUGGAGACACCGAUGGUUUCGUGGGAGAUUUUUCAGCUAACACUAAACUUACAAACGAAAUAUACCAACUGAAAAUAAUGACAGUACCGGGUGGUGGCCUUUUCGAAGUUAGCAUGAGUUAUGAUGUUAAAAAUAACACCUUCAAUACCAAGAUUUCCGAUGUAAGCAGGAUAAAUAAAUAUGGGUCGCAAGCCAGAUGCGUCGAAAAUUCAUUGUUUCACUUACGGAAAUAUUGUUUCUGCAAAGAAUAAGUUGCUUUAUGAUAGAUAGGACAAUUGAGAAUUCAUGA